AGCUCAACCCCCUUGUCCCUUCAGUGAGCAGACGGCUCGGAAUGGCUACUGAUGCCAGCGCGCUUAAGGAGCUACAUAGCGAGCUCAGCUGUCCCGUAUGCCUCGACCUCUUCCGUGAGCCGGUGAUCCUCGAGUGCGGACACCACUUCUGCCAUGUAUGCAUUACGCGGUGCUGGGAGGCCAAGUCCGACGAGCACCCGACUUGCCCGCAGUGCCGGAAGACAUGCCCUCAGAAGCUGCGCCCUAACUCGCUUCUGUGUAAUGUCGUGGACAGCGUGAGGAGAGCCCGAUCCAUGGAUCUGAAACCCGGGGACACGGAGCGCGCGCAGGAGGAUACAGAAGAACGACAACGGGGGGCCAGUAUGCCCAGCUCCGGUUUCAGUUUCACCGGUUCUUCUCAGCGCCACGAGCCAGACCUUUGCGAGGAGCACGAGGAGAAGCUGAAGCUAUACUGUGAAGAUGAUCAGCUCGCGAUCUGCCUGGUGUGCGGGAUGUCCCGAGGCCACAAGACGCACAACGUCAUCCCCAUCAAUGAGGCGUUCGAGAACUACAAGGUAACACUUUGGAACAAUAUUUAGUAUUUAUAU